UUUUCCCUCCCCUGCUUUUCCAUAGGCUUGUCUUGUUGUUACCACGCAAAGGACAACUUAAUGUGCCGUGAUGUCUGUGAACAGAUUUUGUCUUCUAAGAGUGAUUCACGUUUGAAGCACUUACUGCAACGAGCACCUGAGUAUUGUCCAGAAUCAAUGGGAGAAGUGUGGGGUUGUAUAAAUUCUUCUUUGCCAGGAGUUUUGAAGAAGUCUGACGGGUGGGUUGGUUUAGGUUGCUGUGAGCUAGCUAUUGCUGUGGAAUGUCGGCAAGCGUGUAAACAGGCUUCUGCAAAGAAUGAUGUUUUAAAGGUCUGCAGGAAGGAAUACGAGAAUGCUCUCUUUAGUUGUAUUAACAGAAAUGAAAUGGGGUCAGUCUGUUGCAGUUAUGCAGGUCAUCAUACGAACUGUCGGGAAUAUUGUCAAGCAAUUUUUCGGACAGAUUCUUCUCCUGGUCCUUCACAAAUUAAAGCAGUUGAAAAUUACUGUGCAUCUAUUAGCCCUCAGCUUAUACACUGUGUGAACAACUAUACACAGUCAUAUCCAAUGAGAAAUCCUACGGAUAGCUUGUAUUGCUGUGAUAGAGCAGAAGACUAUGCGUGUCAGACUGCUUGUAAAAGAAUUCUAAUGUCAAUGAAAACAGAGCUUGAAAUUGUUGAUGGACUUAUAGAAGGCUGUAAAACAAUGCCUCUCCCUCAGGAUCCACUUUGGCAAUGUUUUCUUGAGAGUUCAAGAUCUGUUCACCCAGGAGUCACUGUGCACCCUCCACCUUCAACAGGCCUUGAUGGAGCUAAGCUCCAUUGCUGUUCUAAAGCAAAUUCUUCCACAUGUAGAGAGCUCUGCACUAAACUUUAUAGCACGAGCUGGGGCAAUUCACAGAGCUGGCAAGAAUUUGAUCGCUUUUGUGAGUAUAAUGCAGUUGAAGUUUCCAUGUUGACCUGUUUAGCAGAUGUACGAGAACCUUGUCAGCUGGGCUGUAGAAAUCUUACUUACUGCACUAAUUUUAAUAACAGACCAACAGAACUUUUUAGGAGCUGCAAUACUCAGUCAGACCAGGGAGCCAUGAAUGACAUGAAGCUAUGGGAAAAAGGAAGUAUUAAGAUGCCAUUUAUAAAUAUUCCUGUGCUUGAUAUUAAAAAAUGCCAACCAGAGAUGUGGAAGGCAAUUGCCUGCUCACUGCAGAUUAAACCUUGCCACAGCAAAUCUAGAGGAAGUAUUAUCUGCAAAUCAGAUUGUGUGGAAAUACUGAAGAAAUGUGGAGAUCAUAAUAAAUUCCCUGAAGGCCAUUCAGCUGAAAGUAUUUGUGAGCUCCUGUCUCCAACAGAUGACUUGGAGAACUGUAUCCCUUUGGAUACAUACCUGAGCCCAAGUUCUUUAGGUAACAUUGUAGAAGAUGUUACACAUCCAUGUAAUCCGAAUCCCUGUGCAGCUAAUCAGCUAUGUGAAGUAAAUAGGAAAGGAUGUCAAUCUGGAGAACUGUGUCUUCCAUAUUUGUGUGUGCCAGGUUGCAAACUGGGAGAAGCCUCAGAUUUUAUUGUCCGUCAAGGUACACUUAUUCAGGUUCCAUCCUCAGCUGGUGAUGUUGGUUGUUACAAGAUUUGUACCUGUGGACACAGUGGAUUGCUAGAAAACUGCAUGGAAAUGCAUUGUGUUGACCUCCAAAAAUCAUGCAUUGUUGGAGGGCAAAGAAAAAGCCAUGGAAUGUCCUUUAAUAUAGAUUGUAAUGUCUGUUCGUGUUUUGCUGGAAACUUGAUAUGUUCUACGCGUCAGUGUCUAACUGAGCAUAGUUCAGAAGAUGAACGUCGGAAGUUUACAGGUUUACCAUGUAACUGCGUAGAUCAGUUUGUACCAGUGUGUGGUCAAAAUGGACGCACGUAUCCAAGUGCAUGUAUAGCUCGUUGUGUUGGGCUCCAGGACAAUCAAUUUGAAUUUGGAUCGUGUAUUUCCAAGGAUCCUUGUAACCCUAACCCGUGUAGUAAAAAUCAGAGGUGCAUACCAAAGAAACAAGUUUGCCUGACUGAUUUUGGAAAGUUCGAAUGUAGCCAGCAUGAAUGUGUGCCAAGGCAGUUAAAUUGUGACCAGACACGGGAUCCUGUUUGUGACACAGACAAUGUGGAAUACAGUAACUUGUGUACUUUGUACCAAAAAGGAAAAAGUUUAGCAUACCGAGGCCCAUGCCAGCCCUUUUGCAAAUCAGUGGAACCUGUUUGUGGGCAUAACGGGGAGACCUACGGCAGUGUCUGUGCUGCCUAUUCCGACCGCGUGGCUGUCGACUAUUACGGACACUGUCAGGCUGUAGGUGUUCUCUCAGACUACGGUUUUCAUACAGAAUGUGCGUUUGUUAAAUGUCCCCAGCUUUCUGCUACUGGCUGCAAACCAGUUAUAGCACCAGGAGCCUGCUGUCCACUAUGUGCUGGAAUGCUGAGAAUCUUAUAUGACAAAGACAAGCUGGAUACUUUUGCAAGGGUAACAAAUAAAAAGCCUAUAACAGUACUUGACAUACUUGAAAAAAUCCGCCUGCAUGUCUCAGUGCCACAGUGUGAUGUGUUUGGAUACUUGAGCAUAGAAUCCGAGAUUGUGAUUCUCAUCAUUCCUGUGGAUCAGAACCCCAAGCCAUUGCAGAUUGAAGCCUGCAAUAAAGAAGCAGAAAAAAUAGAGUCACUGAUAAAUUCAGACAGUCCAACAUUAGCAUCACACGUACCGCUGUCAGCUCUAAUUGCAUCUCAAGUGCAAGUUUCAUUUAGCAUUUCUUCUCCUUCUGUUAAAGUGGUGCCCCUUCUGCACUCCCUGUUCAUAAGCCUUUUAUUCACCUUGUCGGGAUUAAUAUAUUAUAUAUAACUGCGUAGAAAAUAUGCGUGAGUGGUGGUGGUUUAUAUUGUGAAGGACAUUCAGAAUUGUUGCUCAC